AUAGUGGCCCACACCAAAUAACAUUGUUUUGUUAUUGUGAAAAAGCUGAUCAUCGGAGAACGAAGCCAACUCUACCUCCCUCCACCUCUGUUCUUCUUACCUUUCCCGCAUAUCAGUCAUCAUCUUCAUCUUCUUCCUCACGCUCUCGCUCUCUUUCUCCUCUCCAGCUGUUGAGACAUGUCAAGUGGAUCUGUGAGACGGGUUUCUCGUGAAGAUAUCCAGCUGGUGCAAAAUCUCAUAGAACGAUAUCUGCAAUUAUACAUGAACCCAAAAGAAGUUGUGGAAACGCUACUAGUGGAAGCCAAAAUCGAGCCUGGUUUUACAGAACUUGUUUGGCAAAAGCUUGAAGAAGAGAAUCAAGAAUUCUUCAAGGCUUACUAUUUAAGGUUGCUAGUGAAGGAGCAAAUAACAGAGUUCAACAGGUUGCUGAAGCAACAUGCCGAGCUAAGUCAGUUACAAUCAGCUGCAGUUGCUUCACUACCUAACUCUAAUGGUUCGCAUAUUCCUCCAUUAUCCCAGAACCCAUCGUGCUAUGCUGUUGAGCAAGGCAGUGCAACUGCGAAGCCAGAAAAUGUGCAACAUGCUGUUGACUCCAGACUACAUAAUAUGUUUAGUAAUGAUGUGUCAUCGCUCAACACUAGUAUGCAUGCUGUGGUUGAGAUGUCUGCUCAUGCAAACAGGAUUGCCAGUCCUUCAAGCAUGCGUUCAGCUCAAAGCUCAAGUAUGGGUUUGAUACAAGGGAUUAAUGGGGGGAUGAUCAAAUCGGAACCUGGAUAUUCAGGUAGUCCUUCAUACAUUUUUGGUCCUGAUAGCACUGUCCUGGAUGCAUGCCCAACUAUUGGUGAUGGAACGGUUACAUCAUUCACUAGUGUAAACUCAAACUCUCAUUCUAUGAAUGGGGCCCUCCUGGAUCUAGACAUUUCUUCAUUUGGAGUUUUGGGGCAGAUUUCUAGAAAUCUCAGCCUUUCAGAUCUGACUGCUGAUUUUUCUCAGAGCUCUGACAUAAUGGAGAGCUAUCCAAGGUGUCCCUACCUGGCUACUAAUGAGAACUUCCUUGAAAGUUGAGAACAAGGUUGAACAGCUUACUUAGAACGAACUGCUUGUAAAUAGAAGUUUAGAAAGAGAUUUUCAAAUUCCAGCUCUUCGGUGCACAAUGUAUAGGAGCUCAUUAGCCUCAAACUGUAGUGAUAGGAAGUGAAAUUUGGAAGGGUUUUCCUGGUCUUAAUAAAUAAUAAAUCCUCUUCGUUUA